AUGGAAGAUGCAAUGAGGCGCCUCAACGGUGUGGCUCCGAUUUCCGGACCCGACCCGAAAGAGUCAUCCGUCGGUGAAAACACUAGGCGGCCCACCGCCGUCAACAAGCGAACUUUGAGAGAAGACAGCGGCGGAGCCAUGAGGUAUCGUGGCGUGAGGCGCAGGCCGUGGGGUCGUUAUGCCGCCGAGAUUAGAGACCCUCAGAGUAAGGAGCGACGGUGGCUGGGAACCUUCGACACGGCGGAGGAAGCCGCCUGUGCCUAUGACUGCGCCGCCAGGGCCAUGCGCGGUCUCAAAGCACGCACCAACUUCGUAUACCCAACUUCUCCGCAACCUUCCUCCGCCACCACCGAACACUUCUUCCAUUCUUUUAAUAAGAACAACUUCCCCAAACACUCUACGUCACCACCCUUCACCAAUAUUCGUAGCCGCAACUUAACCGGUUCCGCCACCUGCUUUGGCCACCCUAGCGCCGUUGACUUUUCGUUUUGCAACCCGCGGAACCCUUCUUCUCCACUCAACAUACUUCUUCUUCGCGACCUCAUUAACUCUUCCUCAAACAACCCUUCUUUGCUUUCAUCUUCCACUCACAACUUCCACGACCAGUUGUACAACAAGGGUGCUUCUAAUAUUUCAUCGUUACCUUCUGUUUCUUCAUCUUCUUCACCUCUCACUCCUAGUUAUUCGGUGAAUACUUCUUUUGAAGGUUCCUCUUCUGUUAAUGUGAAAACCCUAUGUGGAACUAAUUUGACUGAACAAGGUGAUGAUGAUUGUGGCUCUGGAUUUUUCUCUCGUGAGUCUUCGGAUUCGGGGCUGUUGGAAGAGAUAGUUAACAAGUUCUUGCCCAAAACGAAGCCUAAUAAAUGCGACAGUUUGCCAAAAAUGGAGUUUUUCCGAAACCCUCAGGAGUCUGUUCUCCCUUCACUUAUUUCUGAAUCAACAGUUGUUUCCACCGCGCAAUGCCAUGAUGACACGAAAAAGGGGUUCCAGAAGAAUGAAAGUUUCGGUGUGUCUUUUGAUCAUCAGGGUUUUCCCAUGCAGAAAUUUAACAGUUUUAAUGGGUUUAAUAGCGUGCAGGGUAUGGCUCUGGGGAAUGAACAAACCAUGGCGAAUCAUGCAGAGAAUUGCAUAGUUGAAGAUGUUUUUCAGUACCAAGAGCUUCUUAAUUCUUUUGCCAUCAGGAUGCAAAAUGCUUAA